UUCGCCUCCAACACAGAGUCCUCAGCCUGCAUGUUCAUGGGUGUGUCUAAUGAGUCUGACGAAUAUUACUCUGAAGAAUCUUCCUGACGGAAUCUCCUUGUAGACGCACAUCAGCCGUCAUGAGUAACGCGAAUUUCACUACCGUUGCAGUCGGUGUUGGAGUGGUGCUGGUCUCAACAGCAGGUCUGCUGGGUUAUUAUUACUUUAACAGGAAAAGGAAACCACAGAUUACUCUGAUUGAUCCCUCUGAAAAAUACAAACUGAGACUAGUAGACAAAGAGAUCAUAAGCCAUGAUACCCGCAGGUUUCGCUUCGCCCUGCCCAGCCUGCAGCAUAUUUUGGGUUUACCUGUUGGCAAGCAUGUUUAUCUGUCUGCCAGGAUUGAUGGUAAUUUGGUUGUGCGUCCUUACACACCGGUGUCCAGCGACGAUGACAAGGGAUUCGUUGACCUCGUUGUGAAGAUUUAUUUCAAGAAUGUGCACCCAAAGUUCCCAGAAGGGGGAAAGAUGUCCCAGUACUUGGAGAGUUUGAGGAUCGGAGACUUGAUUGACUUCAGAGGACCAGGAGGUUUGCUGGAGUACAAGGGGCAAGGUCGCUUCGCUAUACAGGCCGAUAAGAAGGCCCCUGCUGAGACUAAGACUGCAAGAGCAUUGGGUCUUAUAGCUGGAGGAACAGGCAUUACGCCAAUGUUGCAGCUGAUUCGUGACAUCGUCAAAAACUCAAGUGACACGACGACAUGCAGCCUGCUGUUUGCCAACCAGACUGAGAAGGACAUUCUGUUGAAGGAUGAACUGGAGGAGAUUCAGGCGAGGCAUCCAGAUCGCUUCAAACUCUGGUACACCGUGGACAGAGCUCCUGCAGAUUGGGAGUACAGUCAGGGCUUCAUCAGUGCUGAGAUGAUUCAGGAGCACCUGCCUUCACCCAGUGAUGACUCUAUGAUCCUCAUGUGCGGUCCACCUCCCAUGAUCCAGUUUGCUUGCAAUCCCAACCUAGAUAAACUGAGCUACCAGCAGAGCCAACGCUUUAUCUAUUAGACCGUUCCUGUUGUUCAGGCCCCAGACACAAAUAACUCCAAAGAUACUAAGUUGUACACAAUCGUAUUUAAGCAAAUAUGGCAUUACAAAUCUGAUCAAAUAUAUAGCAAAUAUCCUUUUUGUGGAAAGUAUAUAUUAAAUGCUUAAGUGCUAGUCUGUCCUAAAGUAAUAGAUUCUUCAUUUUUAAAGCCUAUAAUACGAUACAGAGACUGUCUGCUGUAUCCUCAGGCUUUAUAUUGACAAUUGUGGCUUGAUUUGCAUAACUCUCACAAUAAGAUUCUGAAAAAAAUUCCCAAUUUAAUGCACUUUUAAAAGGCACCAGCGUGUAACAACACCUGUUUGCUGAAUUUAAUGCUGAAUAUUAUAAUUCAUGUGCCUGUGCGACGUGAUGUAUGUAUACGUGUUAUCAGAUGCAUUUGCUUUCACUGGAGUAUUUUUGUAUGCAUGUUGCACUCCACAUAUGUUAAUCUGUUAUGUUAACAAUAUUGAAUCUUUAAAAGCAAUUCAGUUGUUAAUAUGGAAUGCACUAAAUGAGAGGCAACGAAGAAGAGCUUAUUAAAUUGUUUUCACUGGCA